UUCACACCCGGCAUCCCCACCAGUCCCGUGGCUCCCGUGCUCUUCUUGCCCUGCUUGCAGGAGGCAGGGCAUGCUGAAAUAAAGAGAAACUUGUUCUGUGGCAGGAAAAGUCAUUUCUUCUGGCCAGGCAUUCCCAUCCUGGGAAGGAGACAGGAAGCAUAUUACAUUAAAGGUGGGACUCCUCUCCUCGCCGGCCCUGCCGCGAUGCUGCCGCCGUGUGCCCGCGGGGCCCUGCCCGGAGUCUCCUUCCUCCUCCUCCUCCUCCUCCUCGUCCCGCUGCUGUGCGCGGCCCCCGAUGUUUCAAGGGGAAAUAAGCUUAAACUGAUGCUUCAGAAACGAGAAACCUCUGCUGCUGUGAAGCCUGAGGUGUCAGUGAAAGAAAGAGCAGCCAAGGAAUUCCUGAGCAGCCUGAGACGCCAGAGGCGCCAGCUGUGGGACAGGAGCCAGCCCGACGUGCAGCAGUGGUACCAGCAGUUCCUGUACCUGGGCUUCGACGAGCAGAAAUUUGAAGAUGACAUCUCCUACUGGACAAACUUGGGGCGUGCUCGUAAUGAAUACUACGGUGGGUACUACCAGCACCACUACGACGAAGAUUCUCCCAUUGGCCCACGAAACCCACACAGCUUCAGGCACGGAGCAGGCGUCAACUACGACGAUUACUAAUGCCAUUUAUCCUGCUCUAGCCUGUAGGGCUGCACUGGGUGAGGCUGAGCCCUCCCUCAGCCCGAAUGACCCCGCUUUUCCCCUCUAUUCAUGUCAAACAGCAAGAGUAAAGGAACUGCCUGACUUGGGUGAAAGUACUAUCAUUACUUAGUAGUACACUAUAUAUAUAAAGUGUUAUAGAAAUAAAGCUUUUUUGAUAACCA